AUCGCCGAGCCAUGGCCGGACAGCGCGUCCGCCCGGGCAGCGGAGCGUUCCCCGGCCGGGCAUGAGGCAGAGACCUGUUAACAUUCGGCUCAGGCGCGGGCGGCGAGCGGCUGCGGGGACAAACCUCCCCGUCUCACGGCAGCGGGAGCCGCCGAUGCAGCUUUGAGCUCAAAGGCGAGACGUGCGCUGCUGUAAGGAACAUCCCCUGCCUCUGAGGUUGCUGAAAAGUGCCUUUCCUGAAGCCACCGCUGCUUGGAUUUCUGUCUAGGGCUGCCUCUCUCUGCCCCUCGCCCCCCUCUCUGUUUAAUUCGGCGUUGCUUGCGGUCCGUGCCCUGACGGCGGCUCCUCCAGCCUUGCCCUUUUUUUUUUUUUUUUUUUUUUUGCUCCUCAUUUACACGCAGUUUGCUCAGCCAUUUUAUUUUUUUUCCUUCCCCCGACUAUGUAGCAAAUAUUUAAAAGAAAAGAAAGAGGAAAAAAAAAAGCAGACAUCCAUUUGCCUGUUUUGAUGCUCGUGAACCAUAAUUUUUAGAAGCAAGAAAUAGAAGGAAAAAAAAAAACAAAACCCGAAGUUUUCUCCCCAAGGACCGAGACCAUUCCACAAACUGAAGUGCUGCCAGCAGCAUAUGCUUUUUGCAAGAAUAAUUGAAACCAUUAACUGGAGAGCACAGAAUUCUUUUGAAAGUCUGCCAGUUAUUUGCAAGUAACUUUGGCAGUGGCACAAAAUAUAACACUUGUAUUUUAACUUCUACAAUUGCACUUUUAGGAGCUGGCCUCUAAUUUGAUUUUCAGUUGUUCUGAUAAGAUUUCUAUUUUAUGAUUGGCUUUAUGUUUAAUUCUUGUUUAAAGAAACACGAUUUGACUUAAAUGAAAACCUAAGUGCUGAUGAAUAGGAGUUCUACCAAAGCAACAAGUUAGUUAUUUCUUCACGUUUAACUUGAAUUCACUUUUUUACCCUUUUUUUAAAAAAAAAGAAGAAAAAAGAAGAUCAGCAGUAAAUAUUACCCUGAGGAAGGGUGCGAUUGCUUGCAUUUUAAUUUUUGUUUUUUAAUAUGGCUGUAAACGUUUCCCUGGUUCGUGAUACAAAAUGGCUGACGUUAGAAGUGUGUCGAGAGUUUCAGAGAGGGACUUGUUCUCGGUCUGAUGCAGAGUGCAAGUUCGCCCAUCCGUCACGGAGUUGCCAUGUGGAAAAUGGUCGAGUUAUUGCCUGCUUUGACUCCCUAAAGGGCCGGUGUACCCGAGAGAACUGCAAAUAUCUCCACCCUCCCCCACAUUUAAAAACACAACUUGAAAUAAAUGGACGCAACAACCUGAUCCAGCAGAAGACGGCCGCAGCCAUGUUUGCUCAGCAGAUGCAGUUCAUGCUCCCGGGCGCGCAGCUACAGCCAAUUACAACAUUUCCUGUGACUCCAUCGCUUGCAACAAGCCCCACAAUGGCUUUUAGUCCCUACCUGAGUCAUGUUUCUCCUGGGAUGGGCUUAGUUCCUGCAGAGCUUUUACCAAAUACUCCUGUCCUGGUUUCUGGAAAUCCUACUGUUACAGUACCAGGAGGCUCUGCUGGGCAGAAACUGAUGCGUACGGAUAAACUGGAGGUUUGUCGAGAGUUUCAGCGUGGAAAUUGCACACGUGGUGAGAAUGAUUGCCGCUAUGCUCACCCUAUAGAUAUUGCAAUGAUAGACACAAAUGAAAAUACUGUUACAGUUUGCAUGGAUUACAUCAAAGGUCGAUGCUCUAGGGAGAAAUGCAAGUACUUUCAUCCCCCUGCACACCUGCAAGCCAAAAUCAAGGCAGCUCAACACCAGGUGAACCAGACAGCUGCAGCUGCAAUGGCCCUGCCGCCUGGUGCACUUCAACCUUUACCAAAGAGGCCAGCACUUGAAAAAAACAAUGGUGCCACCACAGUCUUUAACCCAAGCGUUUUCCACUACCAACAGGCUCUAGCCAACAUGCAGUUGCAACAGCCUACAUUCAUCCCUACAGUGCCCAUGAUGCACGGUGCUACGCCCACCACUGUGUCUGCAGCAACAACUCCUGCCACCAGCGUCCCCUUCGCUGCAACAGCUACCGCCAAUCAGAUAUCCCAGUUAUCAGUAGAUGAACUGAGUAGCAGCAUGUUUGUUUCACAGAUGUAGAAGUUCCCGAUAGAACACAGACCAUGUUGAAAUUCUGAACAGUAAAAUUAUGGAGCACCAGGACUUCUUGGUGGGAAGCUGCGCAUGGCCUUUCUGUAUAUAUUCCCCUCUUCCCUCUAUCAUUCUCUACCACCUCUACAGUAAGCCUGUUGCAGCCUACAUGUUAACCAAAAACUGAUCAAUGGGAAUGUCAAAAAAAAAAAAAAAAGAAAAAAAAAAGCACUAUAGAAACAAUUAACAAACAGCGCUCUGUUAUAUGAGAUAUACAAGUAGGAAAUUAUAAUAGACUUUUAUAACACAUUACUUUAACACACUUAAUCAUUUUAUGACUACCAUCAUGAUAAGUGCAUCUGCACAGUGGACUGUUGGUUUACUGUAUACUAUCGAUGGAUAAAUGUUUGUCUUGUUUUUAAAGUGUUAUCUUACUGUUUUGUUUACAUCAUAGUCUAUUGAUUUGUUUUAAAGUGUACAUCAUUAUCAAGUAUACUCAAUACCAUUUUUUCAUUAUUGUUAUGUCUUAAGUUUUCAUAUACUGUAGGUUUUAUGGGGUUUUGUUUGUUUUUUACUAAAAAUGUUAUUGUGGGAAACAGGAAUUAUGUGCUUGAAAAACACGACACAGAAUGUUCUGCCCUUUGCUGGAUUUUGCUGUUAAUGUCAGCUAAAGUUGCUUAUGUUAAAUAUGCUCCUUUUAUCAUUUAAAACUUGCCUUCAGAUAGUCUCCAAAUUUUUAGUACAAGUGAUGUGAAAAGACAGCUAUUGUUUUAGUCCAGUUCAGGGUUCUUCUUUCAAUACAAUGAGCUGAUUCUGGAAACUUUUGGAAAAAAAAAACCACAAAAGCCCAGGCUCAGUAAGGGCACAGGAACAAUUUGCUCAGACAGGGGUAAGCAUCAAGGGAUUUCUGCAGCUCUGUUGUCCAUUGAAGUGCAUUCUCAGCUGCAAACGGCGCACAAUCUCUCUCGCUGUUCUCAUGGUGCAGUCAAAACAAACAACAAAAAAAUGGUAGUGGAGUGAGACAGCUUCAGUUGGGCAAAAGCUCAUUGCAUUGGAGAGGAGCAGGUGCCAGCCGUGGCUGGGGAGGGCCCAGGGCCCGGGUGGUGGCUCAGCCCAGGCUGGGUAGCACCGAGCCCUGGGGCUUGUCUCCACCAAGCAUGCUGAAACAUUUUGGCCUGAAAUCUUGUAUGUGUCUCUUGUUGAAAUUUUGUCAGCAUGCCCCAUUUAUUUAAUCACCAUUUUCCAUAAGUGGGUGAUUCCCCCUUCCCCCACCAUGAUCUCUGGCCCUUUAAAGCAAACACAUCAAUAACAAAGCAGCAAAAAGCUCAGCAUAAGCUUUCUGCUGUAGAUAAACAUUCAUCUUAAUGGAGUUCCUGUCGGUCAGUGGAUUUAUUUUGGCACCUUCUACUUGAUCAAGAGCAAUGUUUGCUGCACAACAAGGGCUAGUUCUCAAUACCUCCUUUUCAUACGCACGAAUUAAACCGUUUCAGCCCGUGCACCCUGGACAGCCCCGCCUGUCGUUAUGCUGCGUUGCUAAACAAUCUGGCUGCAGAAAUGCAUUUUGGUUGAGGAUACCUCCAAAUUCAUCCCUGUCAUAUCCCUACAGUAUCAUUGGCAUUAUGGGAGUGAUGGAUUUGCUGCUGUAAAUCCACAAAUUCCAUACAAGGAGAAAGAGAAUCAAGUAAGAGGCCAGCUCACAGUGUCUGGAGGGGUGACCACCCCGAGCCCAGAGUGGUCCUGUAGAGUGCCAAAUUCAGACAACCAGAUUUUCUUCUCUUUUCCCAGUUCCUUGGCCUUGGUCAGAUUUUCCUUACCCCUUCUCUUACAGUAUGAGCACAGACAGGUUGCUAGAUAUGUAUGUCCAUGGGCCAUGCCCCAGGGCAGGCUCUGACCAUCUGCCCUGGAGACUCACUCAUAGCAUGAACCUUUGAGGAGCCCAGCUCAAGAAGGCCUUGAGGAAUCUUUUUGUUCAAUUUGGCAGACUUUGAACCAGACCCUGAUAGAAAGGGGAAGAACCAUCCCCCCAAGACCUCCUUUAUGGACCCUGAGUUUUGACAGUCACUUGUGUCCGUGGAUGUUCUAGAGUCAUCUGUGCUCACAAGUGAUGGGGUGGCCUGAAAUCAAUGACUCUCAUUUGUAUUGGCGACCACAUACCUGUUCUUUUCACCACUGUGUUUCUGUUUCCCGAAACCAUAACAUUGUUAGUGGAAAAAGUGGAUUUGAGUACUUCCUGUUUGAAAUUAUUUGUGUAUCAAAAAUGGGUUUUGCACAACCUGUGCCAGUGCCUCAACAAAGAACAGAGCUGAUCUUCUUAAGCCAGAAAGGAUGCAUUCAAGCUUGUAUGGCUUUAUGAGUUCAAGGAGGUUGAAUUUUUUUCAGUGCUAAAUGGAUUUUUGUAUAUCUUGAAACUUUGAUGUAACCUCCUAUUUUAUUUAUCGACUUAAACAUCUGGCAUAGAUGUGCAUAGAAUGUAAACCUAGAAUACAGCUGUUUUCAUGUCACAUUUAAAGCACUGAAAAAAAAAAGCGUUUAAGGAUUAUUUUUUAUUAAAGAGGUCCAAUGAGGGAUGUUCAGGGUAGUUAUAUUAGGUGCCACAACAGUUUUUAUAUUGCUGGCAAAUUUAGAGUUAAUUUGUAAAUGAGUUUAAGGAAAGAAAAGCUUGAAGCACUAAACUUCACCAAAUUCAAAACAAUCUCGGCAAAAAUGCCAUUUUGAGGUAGCACUAUUUAAACUAGUUGUGCAAUGACUUGCUCUAAUUUUCUUUGUUCAAGAAAGAAAAGAAAAAAAAACCAGUCGCCAGACUAUAAAUUUCCUAAAUAGACUAUUACAAAGUCACCGAGCUAGUUAGUGACUCUAAACAAAUGUCAUAAAAGCAUGAAUAUCAUCCUUUAUUUGACAAGAGAUGUAUGUAAGUUUGUUUAAAUCGAUAUAAUUUUAGUGACAUUUUUAUAAGCUUCCCACUUUCCAUGAACCUAUAUUUUUUAUUUAUCCAAAGUUAUUUCUCUUUGUCCAUUUCUCUCAGCCUUAUGCAAACAAUAUGCAAGAAAUGCUGAAACUUGGAUAAAACGGGUCAUGCAGAGGGAAAAUGAAAGCUGAGAUUGAUCAUUUUCACGAAAAAAGGUUGUUAGUAGUUUCAAUAAAAAGUACUACUACUAAACUGUAACAUAAGCAGACAAUAAAAGAGGGAUUUAAAAUAAAAUGGAUUCAUAAAACUAUUAAGAUUAUUUUUGUUAAAUACAGUGUUUUUAGUAAUUUGGAGCAUGAUUUCACAAUCAGCCGUGUUUUUUAGUUGGGGUUUUUAGCCGAUGAUUUUUGACUGUGUAUUUUUUUGGCAUGGCGACGUUCCGGAAGCCGCGGGGGGCCGGGGUCCGGGCACGGCUGCUCGGUGGCCGCAGGGACACCAGCAGUGCAGGAGUAGCUCUAGGACACGCCGGGUACACAGCGAUUGAGAAACUGGAGUCCUCGUUUUCUUUAUCCCUUGUACAUUUCACAGACGUGAGAAUUGAAAAAAGGUGAAAUUUAUGAGGAAAAUCUAAUUUCCCAUUCCUGUUGAAUGGAUUUAGUUUGAUAUUGACCUGAUUUUACCAUGUGCCUGUUGAAGGCCUUAGAGUAUAUACUGUAUGUUAAAGACUGUAAUAACUUUAAAAAAAAAAAAAUAGUUGAUAGCCUAAUCCAAAUGUAAAUAGAGCUACAACUCAUUGUUACUAGGCUACAACGCAUUAAUUCAUGUCAUAUAUUUUCAUUUCUCUACCAUUAGUUUUUAAGGUUUUCAUUAUUGCUUUUUUUGAUAUCUUUAGUAACUAAUGAAUUUAAUUUUGAAGGAGAGUUAGAGAAAGUUUAAAGUUUUUAAUACAUGUAUUCAGCCCAUUUAGUUAUAUUCUAAACCAACACUGAAGCAUGGUAAGGUAUAGAAUACAGUCCAUAACUAGUUUGUAUAGUUUACAGUUUAAGAACAAAAUUAACUUUGUAUGUAACUCCUACAAUGAUAGAUUCAUUGUUAACUAAUUAUAUUAAGUUGUUGUUGCUAUGGCAACAAAACUACAACAUGGCUACCUUUGUAUACAUUAUUUGUGAAAUUUUCACAUGUAAAUUAAAAGUGAUGUGUAACAGUAUGAGCUUGUUAAAGGUACAGUUCGAUACUGUCAGAUAAAGAUAUGAUUGAAUAUUUUUAAAAUCCCAAAGUCCCAUGUGAACGCUGAAUUUGUGUCUUUAAGGUCACUUUUUCAGUCAAGAAGUUUACAACACAUGGAUUUAGAGUCAGGUUUUAUAGCUUGUAGAAAUUGUUGUGUGGCAAGGGUUAUUCCACAGUAUUUUCACUUCGGAAACACAGCAGCCUGUAUUACAACGUAGUGACCGGUCUUGCUUUCAUUUCACAUCCAUUCACACGGUGGGAAUUCAGAAUUAAUCAGUUUCAGUACUGUAGCUUUGCCUGCAAUUUUCUUUUCUUCAGAAAUUGAACACUCACACGAUUACGUUACGAUCAGGGCUAAAUGAUUACACAUAUAACUAUUUUAAUACUAAUUUAUAUUAGCAAAAACUGUACAUAAGAAAAAAAAUAUUGUGGAAUGACCCCGUAACAGUGUUGAAGAUACAAAUAUGCUGCAGUUAAACUGAUUCAGUUAGUGUACGAAUGUGUGAGACACACCUUUUUUGCACUUAUGUACAUAGUCCACGAAAGAAAUCCUUGGAACUUAUUUUGAAUAUAAAAAGUCUGUAAUAAUACAGGAAAAGUUUGUAAAAGAGAUAGGUAUUACUAAGGCUUUGAAAAGGAGGAGUUUUUUGCUAUAAAACUUAUCUGAAAGCAUGAUGUUGCUUUGCUGUUGUAAAAGCUUUGUAGUUUGCCAUAGCUUAUUAUACAGCAGACUGAUAACAGGUCAGCUCCAACCUGCAGCACAGAGAAUGGGAAACGGUGUGGAAUUAAUUAGUAAGGUCACUAGCAAAGAUUCAAAUUACUUUUUUUAAUCAGCCUACAUUUUCAAACACACCCCAGGUCAUGUUUCUGAUAGGUUGUGUUCUCAGUGAAUCCUAUUAGGACUGGUAGGUCCAUGGCAGCACACACACAUUUUUCCUAGCACCUAAUCCUAUUUCUGUCUGGAAGUGUUUUAUCUGUGGGAGGUGACUGUCAUUGUGGCGAGUGUUUUAAAUCCCAGAGUGAAUUUGAAAGGUCACAACUUCUUGAAUUUUUUUUUUUUUUUAACCUUUUGGGGCAAGGUAACCAAAUGGAAGGAGCUGGUGAGCCGUAGAUGGACAGGGAGGGGUUGGGAUUGUCUGGGACCAGUUCUUUCUGCUGUGUGACAGCCAUGGUGUUUAUUUGAGAGGCACAUGGUGGUGCUGCAGGUGCUUGCUGGGGCAGGAGGUGGGGGCUGGUAGCAGGGGCUAACAACCCCUUUGAGUUGCCACCAAAGGAGAGCAAAGCUGUGGCCCCUCAGUGAGCAGCCUCUGGUUCCUGUUUGUGUUGGUACUGCUGGGGCUCUGCAGUGCUGGGGGAUUUUGGAGCAGCUGAAGGGCCUGCGUUGACCCAUUUAUUUUUGAUUGGAACAAGUUUCAGUUUUUGUUGGAUUUUUUUUUUUUUCUUUUCUGCAAAACCCAAGCCCCAGUUUUGCAUCAGAAAGGUAGCUGGUUUUGCCAUGAGUCUGGUCCUGACUCGAGCAGAGUCAAGUCCCCCAGAGCAGAACCGGUGGGGGGUGGCACGUGAUGUCACUGUCACCCUUUGCUGGAUGCCCCAGGGCUGGGGGCUGAGCCCCAAGACCUGUUCCUUGGCCAGCAUUCCUGACUCCUGGCCAUGCCAGUGUGUGCCCAGCCAGCCCACUCUGCACCACGGGCUGUGCAAGUGGUGCUUUGCUGAAUUGGAGUGGCCCCAGGGUCUUUAAAAUAAGGAAAAAUCAGAUGUUGCUUCUCUCUGUGGUGUUAUAUAAUAACCUAGAUUUUAAUACUAAAUAAUCAGCUAGUUCAAUCCACCACAUGAUUAUGGCUUCCCUUUGCCAUAAUCAGUUUCUAUAAUCAAGCUCUUUCUCAUUUCUAGGAUUAUAAGAGAAAAAUAUUUUGCACUAUGUGAAAUGAAUCAUAGCUGGUCAAACUUUGUCGGAGUAUGAGCAUGAUCAUGACAACACUGCUAAAAUCUUUGCUAGUGAUCUUUACUGACAUCCUCUAUCAUCAAAAAUAACUCUAUAUGCCUCUCAAAGGAGAUAUUUAAACAUGCAAAAUAACACAACUGUUAAAUAAAAUGAAGUUAUUUUUCCAAACACACAACAGAGAGAAUUACCUGACACCGAAUUACAAGGUUCCAGUUCUUUAUUACUGUACACAGAUGCUAUUUGAUAGUGGUGGAAGCCAAAUGAUUUUGUUGCCAUGGCUUUUGUAUCCUAGCAGAUGAGGGGAUGAUAAGACCAUUCUUAGAUUGGAUUAUGGGAUUUUUUUUUUCUUUCCAAUUAGCUUUGUUUUAAUUUUUUUUUUUUAGAUCAUGAAAAUGAACCAACUCCUCACCCUUUAUUACAUCACCUGACAACAGAUCACUAUUUUUUUUUAUAAAUAGAGAAUUGUAUUUUAGGCAAUCACUAAAAUCAAAGAGAAAGAAUGUUCUCCUAAAUUGUCAAUUUUUAAUUUAAAUAUAUAAAAACAUUUAUACUGUACUGUGUAAAGUAGAUCUUUGAAGCACAUUCUUCUUUUCAUAGGCAUUUCUGGUAAAACAAAGUAAGGGAAACAUUAGGUAUCAAUUUAAUGGAAUAGUUUAGAAAAUAUAUACAAAUGAUUACACUUAGCCCUGUGGAAUUGUAAGAAAUUAAAAUAUCAUUGGAUCCAGACAGGCGUAGGUUAAUGCAGUAUUUCAGUUCCAUAACAGGAUAGUUCAUUCCCUCAACUGCUACCAACAGGGUGUACGCUUUGAAUUUAUGUUUCUUUUUGCCACAUUAUAUUGCUGUAGUGCUUGUACGUGCUUUAGAAAUGUGCAUAAUGCUACUCAUUUUAGUAUGUUACUUCUAUAUUGUUAUUGUUUAUUUUUUGAUCUUUUAAUAAAGUGUAUAAAAUUCUUGGUUAUGUUUUUUAUGGAUCCAUAUCUACACAUUAAUAGGAGUUUACUUUAAAAACUUUUCAAGUUCCAGUUUAUUAGUCCCAAACUUCAAAGAUUCUGAUGUAAAAAUAAUAACUAAUGAAUUUGAAUCAAUGUUAUAUCUGAAGUGUAGAUCAACAGAAUAAAUUUCUUUCCAGAAAAUAUCUUCAGUAUUUUGAAUUCUGUAGCCAGUGCCUCCUUUUUACUGGAUGCAUUUGGCCUAUCCUAUUAAAGUUACUAACACAAGACAGACAUUUGUAUUUUAGAAAAAUAAAAGGUAAAACUUUCCAGA